AUGGCCUCCCACCGCAUCGGCGCGCGCGUCGCGGGCCUCUCGCCAGCGCAGCUGUGCGCCAUCAUCGAGGCGCAGGCGGGCGCGAGCGACGCCGCGCUGCGCGUGGCGGAGGAGCACGCCGCUCGGCUCGUGGAGCAGCCCGAGUGGGUGCUCUCCGAGGUCCUCCUCUCGCCGGACCUCGCCCCGCACAUCCUCGCCCAGCUGCCGAUCACGGAGCACGCCGUCAAGGGCACGGAGGUUGCAGGUUCUAGCAGCGCAUUUUGUAAACCGGUGCCCGGCGCCGAACCUGUCGUCGGGCAGCACAGCAUUGUAGAUCCCUGGGCGAGGGGUGAAAUUCUCAAAAAGGUGCAGCACUUCUAG